AUGGCUCAUUCUUCAGAGACGUCCAAGGCGGAUGUCCGCCUGGCUGAGCUGCGUCAUUACACGCAGCGCGAGCACGACGCCCUGCGGCUUGCCGAGGACGUGCUGGCUCAAGUGGACGCCGUGUCCUCACCGGACCAUGAAGCUCGCUGGGAGGCUGAGAUGCGGCGCGACUACUCGUCCCAGCGCUUGCGUCUGCUGCGGGCGUCCGUGGAGGCGUGUCUGAGGGACACGGACGAUGGGAGCGACGCCCUCUCGGACCCUGGUCCGUGCUCGGCGGCCAUCUUAUCCAGGCGACCGGCAGCGCUGACAGGAAGGUUGGAGGUCAGAUUGCUCGGAUGUGAAGAUUUGAUCUCGGCUGCUGAUGACACAACUUCUGAGGCGAGCGCCACCUUGAGGCUAGACGGCAGAGUGGUUGGCAGGACGCGCUGGGUUGCAGCGGGCAGGCUGUCCUGGAAUCAGACUUUCUGUCUCACGUUGGAGCGGUGUCGCGAGUUGGAGGUUGAGGUGUUUUGGCGGGAUGGCGGUAAGAUGUGCGCCCUGGGCUUCCUGCGCUUGGACCAGCUCCUGGAGCAGCAGAACCAGAGGCAGGAAGACCAAGACAACGGCCAGGCCGCUGCACACGAGUGGCGUUUAGAACCCACAGGCCUCCUCCAUGCUCAGUUCAACUUUGUGGACACGGUGGUGGAGCGACAGCACAAACUACGACGCCAGCAAUGCAUCUUCACUAAAGAGAGAGGUAAGAACUUUCUGCGUGCGGCUCAGCUGAAUGUGAACUUUUCCACGUGGGCUCACCUGAUGCUGAGCGUGCUUCCCGGUUACGCCUCCUUCACCACUGACUCCGCCCCCCAGCCGUGCAAGUCACAGCCGCCGAGGCCGCCGAGGCCGCCGAGGCCACAGUCCCAACCGCCAAGUGGCAUGCCAACGAGUCUUUCUGGCCACCACGAGGCGACGCCAGAUGACGACGAUGCCUCGCCCGGUGAUGAAACCUCGGAAACAAUUCAGCAACAGACGUCGUCCUUCAGCAGGAGAGAAGAAAGCCAAGGACACUCAGCCUCCGCUCUCAAGCUGCGCACGUCGGAUCUGCGCUACAUUUCUGUGCUGGGCAGAGGUCACUUUGGCAAGGUGCUGCUGGCCGAGAUGAAGUCCACGGGGCGCUUGUACGCCGUCAAGGCCUUGAAGAAGAGCGACGUGGUCAGGCGUGACGAGGUGGACAGGUGGGUGGGCAGUCCGGGGCGUUCCCGCGGUCGCGCUUCACCACACCGUCUUUUGCGUGGCCGCCCGUGCAGCCUGAUGAGCGAGAAGCGGAUCCUGGAGCUGAUCAGGACGCUGCGUCACCCUUUCCUGGUGCAGCUGCACGCCUGCUUUCAGACCAGAGAGCACGUCUGCUUCCUCGUGGACUUCCUGCCCGGGGGAGACCUGAUGAUGCACAUACAUAACCGAGCCUUCACGCCACAGCAGACCCGAUUCUACUCGGCCUGCGUGCUGCUGGCGUUGGAGUUCCUCCAUGUCAACCACAUCAUCUAUCGAGACCUAAAACUGGACAACCUGCUGAUGGAUGCCGACGGCUUUGUCAAAAUGACUGACUUUGGACUUUGUAAAGAAGGGAUUGGUCACGGGGAUCGCACGUCCACCUUCUGCGGAACGCCAGAGUUCCUGGCACCCGAAGUACUGACCGACGACGAUUACACACGGGCCAUCGACUGGUGGGGGAUGGGCGUGCUCAUCUACGAGAUGCUGGUGGGCGAGUCGCCAUUUCUGGGUGAGGAUGAGGAGGAAGUGUUUGACAGCAUCGUCAACGGCGACGUGACGUAUCCGCCCUCGCUUCCGCCAGACGCUGUGGCAAUAAUUCAGAAGCUGUUGAAAAGGAACCCGCUGAAGAGGCUCGGCAGCGGAGAGAGAGACGCUAACGAGUUGAAAGGGGAGACAUUCUUUGAGGACGUGGACUGGGAUGCCCUCCUAGCCAAGCAAGUGUCGCCGCCCUUCCUGCCGUCCCUGAAGACGUCGGCGGACGUCAGCAACUUCGACAGCGACUUCACACGUCUUCAGCCCGUCUUAUCUCCGCCCUCCACGCCCGGCAGCCUCUCGGCCCAGCAGCAAGAGGCCUUUGCCGACUUUGACUUCUGCGCCUUGCACGGUUGACCCUUUUCCCAGGCGACCAAGCGAUCCCCAAGCCACUUCCUGUCACCGCUUGACUGUGAUGAGUGCCGCCCACUGCCGUGACCGCACAGGAUGACUCACAUGACUCCUGCAUGGUACCU